AUGAGAACGGCCAACAACGUCGUGGUGCUCAACAGCGGGCGCCUGGUGCGCGAGCUGUUCGAGAAGCGCGGCGCCGCCUACAGCGGCCACCUCUGGCAAUACAUCAACGAGUGGAUUUUGGGCACGUCGGUCAUCGCCAACGUGUGGCAUACCCAUCACUCGGCGGACGACUACGACGACCCGGACGAGUUUGUACCUGAGCGCUUCCUGGCGCACCCGUUCGGCAUGCGCCCCGACGCGGCCCACGAUCCCGCGCGCCUCGAAGGGUCCGGCCCGCGCCUGACCUACGCCUUCGGCGCUGGCCGCCGCAUCUGCCCCGGCAUGGACUCGGCGCGCCAGAAUCUGGUCUUGGGGCUCGCCAAGGUCCUGUGGGCAUUUGAUGUGCUGCCGCCGGAUAAUGGUGACGAGAUUGGUUUGGACAUUGAGACGGGGUUUAUCUCGGACUUGGUGCUGCGGCCGAGGCGGUUUGAUGUUAGUUUGAAGCUGCGCGAGGGCCGUACUAAGGAGAUCCUCGACCACUACCACCAGGCCUACGAGGGCCAGGCCGAGGUCAUGAGCUAG